UCCCGCCAUGGCCCCUGCCGCAGAAGAGAACCAGACUCUACUAAAGAGAGCGAGGACGAGAUCGAAAAUGACUCGCAAAAGAAGCCUCGCUUUGUCCAACCCACCCAUCUGCCAUCGCCAGUCACGCGCAAAGCCUCAAACUCGACCGAGGGACAAUUGACGGCCUCGACUGGUGUCUCGCAGCUGUCCGAGAAGCCCGAAGCCUCUCCUCCCUUUGCCGCCGGCUUGCACUCGCCUCCAUCCGACACCCAGCCCUACAGCCAGUUCUUGCCGCCACCACCUAUCAGCUACGAGGUCGAAGAUGAGGAAGCCGAAGGGGUCUGGGGCUACCUCGUGNNCCCCCUUGAUGGAGUUUCAGAGCCUCUAGUCUUGAGACGCCGUGCGGCAUGCCCCGUACCCCAAACAAAGGUCGGUCGCACCGAUGGUAAGAGUGCAGUGUCGCGCGACGAGUACCUCAACCAAGAGGAGUCAUACGAGAAAGAGAAGGCAGAGAAGGGCAUUCCUGCUGGCGGUUAUCUCAUAGGAAGACAUCCCGAGUGUGUCAGCAACCGCCAUUGCCUGCUGUUCUGCGAGAACAAGGAUAGUGACCAGAUUGCUGUCGUCGAGGAUCUUUCCGGCAACGGCACGUACGUCAAUAAUGCCAUUGUGGGUCGGAACAAGCGACGCGACCUCUACGAUGGCGAUGAACUAUCCAUUCUGGAUGUGGCACGCUUCAUCUUCCGAUACCCCAGCAUACGCGACACCAAUGGCUUCCGUCAACAAUACUCGAUUCAAGGACAGCUCGGAAAGGGUCACUUCGCGACAGUCUACCUGUGUACUGAGAAGUGCAGUGGUGCUCGCUAUGCUGUGAAAAAGUUCGAAAAGCGCCGGACGACGACUAACUCUCAGGCUGCCGAAGAGAGAAGCAGAGUAGAUGGUUUGCAACAAGAAAUCGGUGUACUAAUGGGAGUCUCGCAUCCCAAUGUCCUCUGUCUAAAGGACACGUUCGAUGAAAGCGACGGCGUGUACCUGAUCCUCGAGCUUGCCCCUGAAGGCGAACUCUUCAACUGGAUCGUCGCCAAACACAAGCUCAGUGAGACUGAAACCAGGAAAAUCUUCGUUCAGCUUUUCCAGGGCAUCAAAUAUCUGGUAUGUUGUGGCUUGAAUGAUCCCAAAAUUCUCCUUGUUAACGGGUGUCCUGCANNGCACGAACGCAACAUUGUUCACCGCGACAUCAAACCUGAAAACAUUCUUCUCAUUGACCGCGAUUUGAACAUCAAGAUUGCCGACUUUGGACUCGCCAAGAUUAUUGGAGAAGAGUCGUUUACGUCCACCCUUUGCGGUACACCAUCGUAUGUUGCGCCAGAGAUUUUGGAGCAAGGCAAUCGCCGCAGGUACACACGGGCUGUGGAUGUAUGGUCGCUGGGUGUUGUCCUGUACAUCUGUCUGUGUGGGUUCCCACCGUUCAGCGACGAGCUUUACUCGCGUGAGAACCCGUACACGCUUAGCCAGCAGAUCAGGAUGGGGCGAUUUGAUUACCCAAGUCCUUACUGGGACAGCGUCGGCGAUCCGGCACUGGACUUGAUUGACAAGAUGCUUACAGUCGAUGUUGAGAAGAGAAUCACGAUAGAUGAAUGCCUCGAGCACCCGUGGACUACUGGACGCACAGGGAUGAGCUUUGGAGCAAGCAUGGAGAGCACAGAUGGCCUGACAGGGGCAAUGGACAAGUUGGAUUUCUCUAAGCGAAAGCCAGUCCGCGAGAGGACACUGCUCAGCUCCAUCAACGAUGCAACCUUUUUCAAGACACAGGCGACAGAGAAGGACGAUCGAGACGUCAAGGUCUGGGAACAGAACAAGGACCAAGACAAGAAGACGAACGUCAAGGAAGAGGCACCGGCGCACGACAGAAACCCGGACGAUCAACGAACAAUGGGAGUCUUGGCCACUGUUACUGACGCCGUCUCGGCGCAUUUGGGCGACAAGCCUCUGUGGCUCGCCGUCUCAAUCGUCGGCGGCGCGGCUUUCGUUCUCGCCAUUGUCCUCAAUGUUCUCUCGCAACUGCUGCCCGUCCGUCGCAAGGGCUCCGAGCCGCCACUCGUCUUCCACUGGGUGCCCUUCAUUGGCAGCACCGUCACCUACGGCAUUGAUCCCUACAAGUUCUUCUUCAACUGCCGCGCCCAGUACGGCGACGUCUUCACCUUCAUCUUGCUCGGCAAGAAGACCACUGUCUGCCUCGGCACCAAGGGCAACGACUUCAUCCUCAACGGCAAGCUCAAGGAUGUCAAUGCCGAAGAAAUCUACAGCCCCCUGACCACCCCCGUCUUCGGCACCGAUGUCGUCUACGAUUGCCCCAACUCCAAGCUCAUGGAGCAGAAGAAGUUCGUCAAGUUCGGCCUGACCACCGACGCCCUCCGCUCCUACGUAUCCGUCAUCGCCGCCGAGACAAAGGACUUCUUCGCAAACUCCAACUGGUUCAAGGGCAAUGCCGGCGAGCUCAACGUCCCCAAGGCCAUGGCCGAGUUGACAAUCUACACCGCCAGUCGUUCGCUCCAGGGCAAGGAAGUUCGCGCAAAGUUCGACAGCACCUUCGCCGACCUGUACCACGACCUCGACAUGGGCUUCACCCCUAUCAACUUCAUGCUUCCCUGGGCUCCUCUCCCACAGAACCGUAAGCGCGACGCUGCUCAACGCAAGAUGACCGAAACAUACAUGGAGAUUAUCAAGGCCAGACGCGACAGCGGCAAGACAAAGCCCGAAGAUGGCGAGACGGACAUGAUUUGGAACCUGAUGAACUGCGAAUACAAGACUGGCCAGAUGAUUCCUGACAAGGAGAUUGCUCACAUGAUGAUUGCUCUGCUCAUGGCUGGCCAGCACAGUUCUUCUGCUUCCAUCUCGUGGAUUCUGCUUCGUCUGGCUUCUCGCCCCGACAUUGUCGAGGAGUUACUUGCCGAACAAAAGGCCGUUCUUGGUGCCGACCUGCCCGAGUUGACUUUCGAGGAUCUCUCCCGCCUGCCUCUUCACUCUCAAGUUGUCAAGGAGACUCUGCGUCUUCACAGCCCUAUCCACAGCAUCAUGCGUGCUGUCAAGUCGCCCAUGCCCGUCGAAGGUACCCCCUACGUCAUUCCCACCACUCACGUCCUGCUCGCCGCACCUGGUGUUACAUCCAAGUGUUCUGAGUAUUUCCCGGAGCCCGACCUUUGGGAGCCGCAUCGUUGGGACGCUGAGGCCACCGGCAAGUACACAAGCCUCAAGCCUGUCAUUUCUGCCAAUGUCGAAGAUGAUGAGAAGACCGACUACGGUUAUGGAUUGGUCUCCAAGGGUGCCAGCUCGCCUUAUCUUCCUUUCGGUGCUGGCAGACAUCGUUGCAUUGGUGAGCAAUUUGCCUAUGUGCAGUUGCAAACCAUUCUGGUUACCAUGGUUCAAUCAUUCAAGUUCCGCAACCUAAACGGUCGCGAGGGUGUUGUUGACACUGACUACUCGUCUCUGUUCUCACGGCCUCUAACACCGGCCUCAAUCCAUUACGAGAAAAGAGUCAACGAGAAAGCAUAG